AUGAGCGCACCGCGGAUGCUCUCCAGGAGAGCCCUCCACGUGUGCCACUCGUGCCGCCGAAGCAUACUGCAGUGGCGUGAGUUCUCGGCGACGCCCGCACCCUCCGCCGCCACCUUCCAGUCCUACUCGCUGCCCUCCCAGCCGCCGUCGCCACCGCGCAAUUCCUCCGCGCUCGACACCUCGAUCGCGCGCGCCACCCAGCAGCCGCCGUUCCCCCGAGUCUACGAGACACGGCCGCCCAGAAACCACCCGCCGACGCCGCUGACCAGCACGCCAGCGUCCCCGGUGUCAAUCCCCGAGCGAGAAGCGCAGCAGCCGCGACCGAGCUUUGCGACUCAGGGGGCACUACCAGCCAAGCGCUCGCGGCUACGGACGCCGCGCCGGGCGGCCAUGAAGCUAACGCCGGCGGCGGUCGACCACCUGCGCGCGCUGCUGGACCAGCCCGACCCCAAGCUGAUCAAGGUGGGGGUGCGCAACCGCGGGUGCAGCGGGCUGGCGUACCACCUCGAGUUCGUCGACAAGGUGGGCUCGUUUGACGAGACGGUCGAGCAGGACGGCGUGCGCGUGCUCAUCGACAGCAAGGCCCUGUUCAGCAUCAUCGGCAGCGAGAUGGACUGGGUCGAGGACAAGCUGAGCCAGCGCUUUGUGUUUCGGAAUCCGAACAUCAAGGAGCAAUGUGGCUGUGGCGAGUCGUUCAUGGUAUGA